AUGGCACCGAGGAUCCCCAGGCUCCACACCAGUUCCCUCACCUCCACAACCAUGGCCAAGCAGAUCAAAGUAACCGCCUACCAAGAACGCGUCUGCUCCCUCCUGCAACAAAUCCCCCAAGGCAAAGUCAGCACAUAUCUCGCCCUAUCCAACGCCCUCGACUCCAGCCCCCGAGCCAUAGGCGGAGCUCUACGCCGUAAUCCCUUCGCGCCAGAGAUCCCUUGUCACCGUGUCAUCAGUGCUGAUGGCUACGUUGGCGGCUUCAAGGGAGAAUGGUAG